AAUCUUCAGCCUGCUCGAUUGCGGUACUGUAUUAGUUUACGGAGCUUCCAGGACUCGCGUAUGGCGCGGAAGAGAGUCACGCCUCUUCAAGAAUUACCCGCCAACUUCCAGAAUUACCCGCCAACUUUCAGACUAAACUCCGCGCCACAGGACAGACAGACACAUUCAGAGGACUCAGACGCAUUGUAAACUUACACACCCUCAAGUCACAGCGAGCUCGACACAAUGCGCUCCAAGAGGCAGCAGGCGUCUCCCCCCUCCACCAGAAUGAACCUGCGCAGUUACAGGAGCACCGCUGUGGUUCCCAUGGAAACCUCCUCCUCUUCCUCCGACGACAGCUGUGACAGUUUUGGAUCUGAUGGUUUUGGGACCUCGAAGAGGCCACUGAGACAGACGAGAAGGUCUGCUCUGAUUGAGAAAGUGUUUAAUGUUUUACCUGUGACGGAGGAAGAGGAUGCGUGCAGCGGUUAUGAGAAAGACCUGAACGACGACAUGACAGAAAUGAAAAUGGACUCUGAUUCUGAGACCUGUUUGCCUCCCAGAAAAACUCGCAAAUCGUUCACGCUCAGAGUGGCCAUGAAGUUCUCCAACAAACGAGCCAGUCCUUCAAAGCCAGUGUCGCCUGAGUCCAAACCCAACCCUAAACCAAAAGACCCCAACUCUGAGGGCGAGAACUUCAUGCUGAAGAGAGCGCUGAACAUCAAAGAGAACAAAGCUAUGCUUGCUAAGCUAAUGGCAGAGCUGGAUAAGGUUCCUGGACUCAUUCCCAGGAAGGCUGCUUUGUCACAGGGCAAUACGCCUCACCGUGCUCCACGCCGCUCUCUGGACCCCAAUAGCGCUCGCCGGCGAAACUCGGAGCGAACGUCACGUCCUCUUACACGUUCACGGUCACUGGUAGAUGGACCACCCUCCCCCCCUCCAGAGGAAGAAACAGAGGACAAAUACAGCCUGGUCCGCAGAAACCGAAAUUACGACGAUGAUGAUGAUGAAGAAGAGGAGCAGAAGGAGCCACGUCGGCGCAGUUACAACAGCACUCUGACGAUUCCUCAUGUCGUGAGGCCUGUGGAGGAAAUCACUCGGGCUGAACUGGACAACAUCUGCGUCAACGUCAGAGAGAAGAUUUACAACCGGGCCACUGGUUCCACCUGCCAUCAGUGUCGACAAAAAACAACCGACACCAAGACCAACUGCCGCAACCCAGAAUGCGUGGGUGUUCGCGGGCAGUUCUGCGGGCCUUGUCUUAAGAACCGUUACGGAGAAGAUGUCCGUGAUGCCCUCCUGAACCCGGAGUGGCUUUGCCCCCCGUGCAGGGGCAUCUGUAACUGCAGUUUCUGCCGUGCCAGAGAGGGCCGCUGUGCUACAGGUGUGCUCGUGUACCUGGCCAAGUACCACGGCUAUGACAAUGUCCACGCUUAUCUGAAAAGUUUAAAGAAGGAAUUGGAGGAAAGUGAAUAAGAUGGUUGCCACGUUCUACGGAGUCCAACCAUAACCGACAUCAUCCUCAAGUGUCUUAAUCGUUGUCGUGUGAUUCACAGAGCCUCCUUAAACCUGCUGCAGGUUCAAUUUGAGUAGACCGUUGUGUUGUCUACAUGAAAUCCUUAAGUUUGCAUUGUUUUAAAUGUAUCUUUUUUUUUUUUUUCUUCAAAGGGAAUGUUUUUAUCUCUGUACUGUGUUGGGAAAUCUGACAAUUGUUGGCUGCAAUACUUGUUGUCUUUGCUGUUUUUUACCAUGAUUUUUCCAAUCUGUAAGUUCUCCAGACUCUGUUAUAACUGCGCAAUGUACUGCUGUAGUACUUGAAUAAAAUUUGCUCUUU